UCAGUGCUGCUGCUUUACCGAAAAAUCUGUCAUUCAAAUAAUCACCAACAAAUCAGAGUUGGGAUGGGAUGCAGUGGUUGUUAAUUCUGAUAACAGUUGUUUUUAUUAUGUUAUGUUUGAAUAAUGUUUAAAAAAUUGUUCGAUAUAGUUGAUUUUUUAAUAUUCUUGUGAAAGCAGUAUCUGAAUCUAAGAAAUCCUCCCCCGCAGCUCUCUAUUUUGAUAACCACUGGGAUUCAUCAUGCCGUCGGCACGGCUAGCGCUCCGAGAGGAGGAUGUCGUCCGAUUGGCUCUAGAAUUCCUCCACAACAGAGAACUGAACAUCUCUCAACUCAGCCUUGAACGCGAAACUGGCGUCAUCAACGGCAAUUAUUCAGACGACGUUCUCUUUCUGAGACAGCUCAUCCUCGACGGACAAUGGGACGACGUUUUGGAGUUCAUCCAGCCACUGGAAGCGCUGAAAGCAUUCGACGUGAGGAAGUUCAGCUACACCAUCUUGAAGCACAAGUAUAUCGAGUUGCUUUGCAUUAAGUCGGAAGCGAAUGUUCAAGGUAGUGGCAUGGACAAUGCUGUGGAAGAAGUUGUCAAGGUCCUCAACGAAUUGGAAAAAUUUUCUCCUAGUAAAGAGGAUUACUCAACUAUGUGCUUACUACUCACACUUCCUCGAUUAUCGGACCAUCUCCAUUACAAAGACUGGAAUCCAAGUAAUGCACGAGUCCAGUGUUUUCGUGAAAUUUAUCCAUUGGUGGAGGAGUUCCUGCCAGGAGAUAGAAAACUCACUGACGAAAGCGUGAAUUGUAGUGCUAAAAAUGAUAGACUGAUUCAACUCUUAAUCAAAGGCAUUUUGUAUGAAUCUUGUGUAAAUUAUUGUCAAGCCAAAGCCACAGGAACUACUGAAAAAGAAUCUCAAGAAAUGAGCUUCAGUAAAUUAUUGGAUAAUAGUGCAGGGUUCAGUGAUUCGGACCUAAGUUUACUCUCUUGGCUCCAGAGUGUGCCACCUGAAACAUUUUCAGUGCCUUUCGAACAGCGUACCCUCAAUGUAGAUAUGGAGCGUUUGGAGAGGCCGAGUUUAGAAACAUCUUGGACUGAACACAUGUUAGUUACUCCGAUUAAGCCAAAAACAUUUCCCCACUCAGCAAUGCCGUUUACAAGGCCUCGUUCAGCAGCUGAUAUUAUGUCAAGAUCUCUGAUGCCAGUUUUGGAUGGUUCAGCAUAUGGUUUAGCGCAAGGAGGGUCUGCCCAAUAUAAUGGGAAUACUAGAGCCAUGGCACUUAGUACUGGAGAUAUAGUUACCAACGGACCAAUGUCAAGGAGUAGCUUUGCCAGUUUCCAUUUGACAGGUAUCAAAACCAACAAGUCUAUGAAUACAUCUGUAGACAGAUUAUUUGAAAAUGAAGGGGAAGUAUUUCUUAGCAACAGCUACGCAGAGUUUCAACAACUACCCUCGAUACAAGAACAGACGACUAGUACACCGAAGGUGCAUUCAAAUACAUUACCGAAUAUCUCAAAAAGUCCCGAUCGUAAAGUCUCGAAUGCCUCAACGCCGGAACAUAGGGGCAGAGAUAGUCCAUCUUCCUUGGGAACAGCUAGAUCUUCUAGAAGGGAUUCUUUGAACGAAAGGCCAAUUACUCAUCAAAACACUUCAACAGAACCCACUCUAGUAUUUGACCAAAGUUUUUCUGGGGAACUGGUUAAAGAGUUUCAAAAAACUAAACAAAAAAUGCAAGAGGCAUUGGCAAUGCGUGAAAGAGAAAGGGAGGAGAUGCUCAAACAAUUGAAUAAUGAGAACAAAUAUGCAGGAGAGUGUAAACAAAGUCUGAACAAACCAUACAGUGCCAGCUCAGUGGUAGAUAGAGGCUCACAACCAUCGAAGUCAACCAUCAAUGGAAAUGGGCUCGCCGACUUACACAGGGGAGAGAGGCCUUUAGAAACUAAAACACGAACCCAUCACGACGGGAUCUACGAUGCAGUUAAGCCGACACCAACACCCAAUGUGGACUUGGAUAACAGCGAUGGAAGCGGCAGUGGCAGACCUAAAUUCGUGGCCGUUACUUCUUUGGAAGAUGUUCAAGCAGUCAGGUGUGCUGAAUUUCAUCCUGGUGGUCAGUUGUAUGCAGUUGGUUCAAAUUCCAAAACUCUCAGAAUAUGUGCCUACCCAAAACUCGCGGAUAUCAGGGAAGACCAUCAGACUUACCAACCCAUGGUACUCUUCAAAAGAACGAAACACCACAAAGGAUCGAUAUAUUGUUUGGCUUGGUCCCCGGUAGGCGACUUGAUGGCCACUGGUUCCAAUGAUAAGACUGUGAAACUGAUGAGGUUCAACACGGACACAUCUAAUCUGGAAGGCGAGGAAAUUGAACUCACCAUGCAUGAUGGCACCAUAAGAGAUAUUUGUUUUCUUGAAGAUACUUCCAACAAAUCCAGCCUGCUCAUCAGCGGUGGUGCUGGUGACUGUAAAAUAUAUGUCACGGAUUGUGCUACUGGUACACCCUUUCAAGCUUUGAGUGGUCAUACAGGUCAUAUUCUAUCUUUGUACACAUGGGGCGGCGCUAUGUUCGUGAGCGGCUCGCAUGACAAGACUGUUCGUUUCUGGGAUCUGCGAACUAGAGGCUGCGUGAAUAUGGUAACUCCCAUCACCGUACCUGGAACUCGGCAAGGCUCACCAGUGGCUAGUCUUUGUGUGGAUCCAUCUGGAAGACUGCUGGUAUCGGGACACGAGGAUAGUUCUUGUGUGCUGUAUGAUAUUAGAGGCGGAAGGAAUGUGCAAUGUUUCAAACCACACUCUUCAGAUGUCAGAUCUAUCAGAUUUUCUCCAUCUGCGUACUAUUUGCUGUCGGCUGGUUAUGAUAAUAAACUGGUUUUGACAGAUUUACAAGGAGAUCUAACUCUUCCUCUGCCUAGUGUUGUUGUUGCCCAGCAUCAGGAUAAAUGUAUAUCUGGUCGUUGGCAUCCAUCAGAAUUUUCGUUUCUAUCUACUUCGGCUGAUAAAACGGCGACGCUCUGGGCUUUACCUCCAAUUUAAUUCUCGAAUUCAUGUUUUGUUAAUCCAUAAGUCUGAACUAACAAAUAAAAACAGUCACUUUGCACUUGUGCACCUUAUGUUAUGUUCAUCUAGUUCAAGUUUUUGAUAAGUUUUUGUAUGAAGUAACAUUGGUUAAUGUUUGCUUAUGUGAGGGUAUAAAACUGUUAUAACUCAGAUAUUUUUAAUGUAUAUCUCAAGUAAUUGCACAAUGUUGAUGAUUUUCUAGGUGCUGAAUUGGAUUUUUUAUUUUAUGUGGGUGUCUAAUCGUUGUUAUUUAUUAUCUUUGAAAUUUAACUGCACAGAAAUAACUGUAAAUAUAUUUAUUAGCUACUUAUAUAUAUUUUUCAAGCCUUUGUAUAAAAAAUUAUUAAACAAUAAUGUACCCGUUAUUUAUGACUUUAUAUUGUUUAGUAUUAUGAAAAUAGUUAAUACUAAUAUUUUGUAGUCCAAUAUAUUAUCUGUUUAAUUUUUAAUAAAACCUAUUAGUAAAA